AUAACUUGUUUUCUCCGCAGACGGUUAUUUUUUCGCAUCGUACCUUGGUCAUAGUCUAAUAAUAUAUGGAAUUACAUAUUUCAAGUUCCAAAAGAAGUUGCAGUCGAGUUACAAGUGCUUAGUGUAGUUUAGACAUUGAACGAGUUACAACUAAUGCCGUUGGGAGAAGGCGGUUAAUACUACAAUGGGUGUUCAAAAGCGGUUAUCAGUUCUAGUGGCUGUGCUCUAUCAUAUAAUGAAAGUGAUUCUGGACAUACAUGUCGCGAUAGUUGGACAGAUAAAGGAAUUAAUUGUUGGCAGAAAGAUUUUGGAUUUGACCGGAAAAGUUGCUUUGAUAAUUAACUAUAAUGACUCAAACUUAGGACGAGCACUUCGCGAUGAAUUAUUGAAAAGAAAUUGUAAAGUCUGCGUUACGACAAACUCAUCAUUCAGAAAAUCAACUGAAACUACUUUGAAUAGCACAAAACCUUACACAGAAUAUCAGUUGAAUACGGCAAAUUACUUCCAAGUUCAGAGUCUAAAAUCGUCCAUUGAAGAUGCCUUUGGAACUGUCGACAUUUUGGUUGUUUUAUCCCCGGAGAUUCCCGACAUGAAUAUAAUUGAGGCUUGCGAAGGUAAUUACGCACUGAUUGUGAGGGAUACACUUAAGUCUCAUUUUUGGUCAGCAAAGUGUUUCUUGGAUGGAAUGGUUUCUAAAAAGGACGGACAUAUUGUUACUGUGGUUCCAUUUGGAGGACGGUCUGAUAUUGCAAAUGUACUUCGACGAGCCACUACUGGUUUUCUAGAGGCAUGGCAUGGUGAGCUCAUUAUUUCUAGAAAAUCUUUCAUUUCAAUGACUUACGUGAAUGAUUAUCGGUUCAGAGAAAAUUCAUUAGAGGAGGAACGUGUAGCAGCAAGAAAGAUCAUCAGGGGGUUGAUUACCAAAGCAAGAACUGUGAAUAUAAAAAGCAAGGUACCUGGCCAAGACCCGGACUCUACACUAAAGGACCUGAAAAUUGUAUUCAUGAGAAUACUCUUAGCCAUACUCAUCACAGUAAAAACAAAAUUGACAGACUGGUUCGGCAAAGAAAGUAAAAAAAAUAUAUCGCACCAAGUUGCGCUGGUUACUGGUGGUGGCAUGGGUCUAGGCAGACAAAUAGCUAUCAGUUUAGCUAAGCAGGGCUGUAACGUCGCUAUUGCUGAUAUCGAUUUAGAAAAUGCUCAAAAAACAGCCGACGAUUUAGUAAAGUAUCGAGUGAAGUCAAAAGCCUACAAGAUAGAUGUAUCUAGUUUAACCCAUAUCGUGCGGCUAAAACUUGACAUAAGGAAAGACUUUGGCGAAGUGGAUAUCAUUGUCAACAAUGCAGGUUUGAUGCCUGUUGCAACUGUGUCCCAGGCCAAAAUGAGGACUAUUGAGAAGACCAUUGAUGUCAAUUUGAUUUCUCAUCUACUGAUGUUGAAAGAGUUCCUUCCUGACAUGCUAAGCGCUAAGCGGGGACAUAUUGUGGCAAUUAGCUCAAUGGCAGGUGUCCAACCAUUACCAGUGGGUGUCGUUUACACAACCACUAAAUUCGGCGUGGUAGGACUCAUGGAUUCGCUAGACUAUGAACUGAAAAAAUCUAAGAGAGACUUCGUGAAAGUAACAACUGUGCACCCAUAUUUCAUAAAAACUAGAGCCGACCUAGUGAAAGUUUUGUCUGGAAACCCAUUAUUUAACAUAUGGCCUUGGCUGGAAGCUGAUUUCGUUAGCCGAAAAGUCGUUGAAGCGAUUUUGAAAGAAGAACGUCGGGUGUUCAUUCCUAAUUCGAAAAACUUUCUGCUUUUGACAACGUUGGUACCGCCUGCGGUAAAAGACUACAUAGCAGAAAAGUUAAGCAAGCAUAUUCCUGUAAUCAAGAGCGAGGGAAAUAUCCUCACAUAACGAAUCUAUAUACCAAUUACGCCUAUCUUCUCCGAAAUUGUUUUUUGUUUUUAUAUCUUUGGUUUUUAUUUAUUACGGAAUAAAGUUGGACAUUACUUGUUUAA